GGGAGCUUCAACAAGAAGGCGCCGUAUGAGGUUGCGAUUACACAAGUUAGUCACUAUAGCCAGUGCGUCCAGGCCGUCUCGUCGAAUACCAAAAGGGCGCUUUAUUGAUAGAAUUCGUGUUUAUGUUCGUGGAGGCGGAGGGGGACAAGGUUGUCUCAGAUAUGGAGGAAUAGGAGGACGAGGAGGCGAUGUGGUAGUGACUGCGCAUGCGCGUUGGUCCUCUUUAGCAGCCAUCGCGAGGAGAGAUAGUCAGCGUUUUAUAGCAGGCAGUGGAAAAAAUGUUACGUAUAAUAACAAGAUUGGGAAGCAAGGAACGAAUGAAAUAAUUGAAGUUCCUGUGGGCACGGUUGUGUAUGACGGAUAUGGCAAUGUAAUUGGCGAUCUUGAUGUCGAUGGGUCACGGCUGACUGUAGCUACGGGAGGUGAGGGAGGAUCAGCCAUGUUAGAGAAGUAUUCUGGUGCAAAGGGAGAACGAAAAAUGAUCACACUGGAGAUGAAAACGAUUGCAGACGUUGGACUCGUUGGAUUUCCUAAUGCAGGAAAAUCUACUCUUUUGAAAGCACUUUCUAGUGCCGAUCCUAAAGUCGCUGAUUACCCUUUUACGACUGUGAGGCCUCAAGUAGGAGUGCUGCAGUAUGAAAAGUUGGACUUUAGGUUGGUGUUGGCUGAUGUACCUGGAUUGGUUGAAGGCGCGAGUGAAAACAAAGGGAUGGGACAUCGUUUCUUGCGACACAUUGAGAGAACAAGAGUUCUUCUGUUUGUUGUUGACAUCCAUGGCUUUCAGCUGAAAUCCACUGAUCCGUUUCGAUCUGCUAUAAAAACUGUCGAGAUACUGGAAAGGGAACUCGAGCUGCACAGCAAAGAAUUAGCAUUUCAUCCUUGCAUAUUGGCUGUGAACAAGAUGGAUACUGAUGGGUCAGAGGAACUUUUCAGUGAUUUAAAGAUGAUGUUGGAUGAAAGGACAGUUCCCACCAUCAAGACUCCACGUUUCCACAGCAUUAUAGGAAUCUCGGCAAAGACAAAAGAAGGGCUGUUAGAGCUCAAAGACACAUUACGACAAUGUUUCAUGUCUCUACAUUAGCAUUUUGACUAAUGAUGUGUGAAUUUUAUUUAAUUAAUUAAGAUACAGGAGGGUUGGUUUCAAUCUUGAUUUUGGUUGUAUUUGGUAACAAGAGAAAUCAUAUUAUAGAAUUAAAUAAAACAAUUAUUACGGUUGUUGGACAGCCACAC